AUGCCUUCCAAGGACUUUACGGUUCUGAUCGCCGGCGGCGGAAUAGCUGGCUUGACCCUGGCGAAUCUGCUUGAGCGUGUGGGAAUCAACUAUCUCAUCCUCGAGGGGUAUCGCGAGAUGGCUCCCCAAGUGGGCGCGAGUAUCGGCAUUCUGCCAAACGGCUCUCGCAUUCUGGACCAGAUUGGGCUCUACGAUGACAUUAGGAAACUCAUCGACGAACCUCUCUUCAAGAUGUCCCUUCGCGACUCCAAGGGCAACCCAACGAGUGAAUACCGUGGGGUCGGCCAGCAGAUCAAGCAGCGGCACGGAUACGAAGUUGUCUUUGUGGAUCGCCAAAUGAUUUUGGAUGUAUUGUGGAAGAACUUGAAGAACAAGGACAGAGUUCUUGUCAGCAAGAAGGUUACACAAGUCUCAAUCGAGCCGUCCAAGGUCAAAGUCGAAACCAGUGAUGGCCAGUCCUACUCUGGUGACAUUUUGGUCGGUGCCGAUGGCAUUCACAGCAAAGUCAGAAGCGAGAUGUGGCGGCUCGCGGAUAGCCUGGAGCCCGGCUACAUACCUGCUUCCGAAAAGAAGGAAUGCCUGCCGACGGUCUAUAAGUGCAUCUUUGGCAUCUCCAUCAUCAAGGACUGGGAGGAUGGCAUGGUGCAGACUAACUUCAACAAGCACUUCUCCUAUCUCGUCAUCGCCGGCCCUUCAAAUAGGGUCUACUGGUUCCUCUUCGUAAACAUGGGCUACACACACUACGGCCCCGAGCUCCCCAACUAUACCAAGGACGACGAGGCGAAGCUGGUCAAGGAGCACCAAGAAGACAAGAUCGUUGAGAACUUCACAUUCAAGGACCUGUACGCUGCCAAGAUCUCCUCAGUUUUGACCCCGCUGCCGGAGUACGUCUUCAAGAAAUGGCACUUUAACCGCAUCAUGACCAUUGGCGACGCUGCGCACAAGUUGGAACCCAUUGCCGGACAAGGAGGCAACAGCGCCAUCGAAACAGCCGCAGUCCUGGUAAACAACCUCACGGAAGCUCUCAAGCAGAACCCAUCAGGCGUUACGACGGAGCAAAUCCACAAUGUCUUCCUGGAAACCCAAAAGAAGCGAGAACCGCGCGUCUGGCCCCUCGUCCACAACUCGCACAAGGAACAGCGUUUCGCCGCCAUGGAAAGCCCUCUCUUGGAAUUCGCCGGUCGCUACCUCGUUCCCAACCUGUCAAUUGACGAAAAGGAAGGGCCCUGGAGUACAAACAUCGAGCCUGGCCACAAGCUGGACUUCUUGGACGUACCCAAGAGGCCGCGUGCGCUGCCGUUUCUCGACGAGCUGCCAAGCCAGAAGGUGGAUUCCUCCCUCCUUCCGAAGCUUGUGGUGGGAGCCGUUCUUGCAGGCCUCCUUUUCCUGGCACAGCAGGUUCUGAUCAUUGCUCCCGAGGCGGCGAGCGGUGCCAGCUUCGUGGGUCAGCCUCUGAAGACUGAGUAUACCGGUAAUGCCCAGAUCGAUUCGGUUCUCGCUGUCCUCUCCUGGGCCUUCUCCGAGGCAACUUCUGGUUCUGACCCGAACAUGAGACUUCAAUGCCUCUACUUCUUGAUCAACCUCGUGCCCAUCAUUUACAUCUGGACGGUCGAAGGUUACCGCAACGGCAAUCAGCUAUCCCUCGUAUCCUGGCCUUCCCUUUUCGCAGUCUACCAGCUGGUUGGCAUCGGCAACAUUGCACCGCUCUACUUCCUUAUCAGUCUGCACACGACCAGCAGCGAGGUCUAUACCCGUCCCACAGGCCGGCCGAUCCCGUCAACCGUCGCAAAGGCGCUGAUUCCGGCCCUGUGCCUCGGAUACAUCCUCCCCACCGCCCUCAUGUUCAUCCAGUACGGUGACUCUGUCGCUCAGCAGAACGCCAUCGCCUUCUGGCAGCCUUCCCCGGUCUACGUCUCGAUUCUCACCUGGCUCUUCUCUGGCAUCAUUUCGGUCGCCUCGCCCAUCAAGUCACUGGACUGGGAGAUCUUUGAAAAGAAGGACCAGGGCGCUCUGCAAACCGGCUACACGCUCGCGUUCGCCGUCGCCGCCAUCACGCACGUCUGCGCUCUCGCCUACGCCGGCUUGAGCCCCUCUGUGUCUCUCUUUGAGACCUUUUUCGACCUACCAAGUGUUGCGUCCAUGGGCUUGGGCCUUGACAUUGGCGGAUUCUGGAAAUAUGACAUGCUUCUUUGUUUCGGCGCUGUUGCGGUCUGGUGUCUGUACACCGUCUAUGAGCUCCGUCGGCUGGGAUACGUAACAACAAAGGCCGCGAUCGGGGCUGCGGCGGCCACUUUGAUUGGACAGGUACUGGUCGGCCCUACAGCGACCUAUGCCGGACUUUGGGCGUGGAGGGAGAACGUCAUUACAGGAUUGAUGAUCGAGUAA